UAUUUUCCCCUUCAUUUUAUUGAAAUUCGUUUGUUUGUUCUCUUCUCUUUUGGCUUUGAUUCAAAACAAAAACAGAAAACGAGUGCGAUCAGUGUUGUGUCCUCUGCAACAUGCCUGUGCGAGUAGUAUUGGAGAACACUCCCACCCCUUCUCACGUUUCUGCUGUAACUCCAAGGCGUCGUUCAUUCCAAUCUUGUACCCUUCUAUGUGCUGGACAGGCCUUUUCUGGGACUCAGAAUGUUUCAAGCUUACAAAAAGACGAAGCAUGGAGGGUAAAUGUCCGUUUACAAGGAUGCGAUCUUGAGCAUGGAUAUCUAUGUGGCACCAUGGAAGCUCUUAAUGUUCCAAUGGCAGACACACCCGUAGUAACAUUCUGGGAAGGGGAGAUUGUUGAUGCAAGAAAUUAUACUUUCUUCACCGGAAAAUGGGAGGCAGCACCAGAAGAUGAUAUAAGGCACUGGACUAAAUUUCCAUCGUUUUCCCCUCUAUUGAGCCAAGUAGAGGUAGAUGGUGGCAAAUCUAUGGACCUAAGCAACUAUCCCUACAUAUUCAUGAGAUGGAAGGAGCAAUACUUCGUGAAUGUCGGAACUGACUGUGGGUUAACUAUAGCUGGAUUUUACUAUGUUUGUUUCUCGUGCAGCGAUGGCUCUAUCAGCGGGUUCUACUACGAUCCAAAUAGCAGCCCAUUUCAGAAGCUUGAGUUGAAAGCCACGAAUGAUGGAAGAUCGGGUUUCUCUUUUUCAUCAUAUGAGCUACAAUAGAUUCGUGACAGAUAACAUAUAAAAAUUGAACUUGUUGAAGUGUGUUACAGGCAAUGAAAAACCUGGAAGAUUAUGCAAGAGCUCAAGACUGUCAGUGAUGUAUAAGAGUAAGAAAAGUGAACGCUCGUUGUUGUUAUACAGUGAAUCAUGUCACAACUUUGUGAAUAACUUUCUUAUUAUUCCCUUACAAGCUACGAAUAUAGUGAAAAAUGCUGAGUUUUUGUGGAAUACACAAAAGCACAAUUUCUCUUU